CAAGAGAGGCAGCGCCAAGAAGAACUUAGUCGCAACAAAGCUCAAGCGGAUCUCGUCGCUUUUUUCCAGCUCUACGACGCAAAGUGGCAAGAGCUCAGGCUGAGCCAGAAGUUGACUUCAGUCAUGCUCUUCGAGAUGCCGUGGCCCACCUUUCAGCAAGGCUGCGCAUCCCCCGAUGAUAUAUCCCGCCGCAGCGUGGAGGAAUUCAUCUUCCACCCCCUCCGCCCAGGGAUGGAGACCAAGUCGCGCAAGGACCGACUGAAGGUAGAGAUACUUAGAUUCCACCCCGACAAGUUUAACUCGAACAUCGUGCGCAAGCUGCGGGAGUGCGAUAGGGAAAAGGCGAGCGAAAUUGCGGGAGCACUGGCUAGAAUACUGACGAACAUGAUGACUGAGGAGGUUCAGAAAGAGACGGAUAAAUAG